AUGUCUGGGACAGAAAAACAUGAUACGCCGGCUUCUAAUGGAGUGCCUGUCUUGGAUGGAUCAAAUUACACCAAUUGGCACUCCAGGAUGUUCAUCUUCCUCCGUGGCAAAAAGCUCUGGAAGUGUUGUACGGUGCCCAUCGCUGAGGACGCUACCGACGAGGAGAAGACCGCCUACGAAGAGGCCGGUGAUAAAGCUAUCUCUAUCAUCACCUCUCGCAUAAAUCACAGGUGUUAUAACGAAGUCGUCAAUUCACUCACUGACUCGGAUCCCAUCGCCCUCUGGAAGAAAAUUGCUUCUCAGUACGCGUCACAUUCCGUUAUCAAUCGUGGGCGUGUGUUUAUGGGAUGGUCGGCCGAACUCUAUAAGGGUGAUCUUCAAGAAUAUAUUGAUCGAACUCGAGCGCACCUUCUCGAUAUCGAUGCCGUCGGCAUCACUCUCCCUCUAGAUAUUAUCUCUUAUCUCGUACUCGGGAAACUCAUGCGUGACGACAAGCUUGACAAGAUCGUGGACAACUGUGCCAUGUCCGAGGACUGUACUUCAUCCCCUUACUUGGUUCUGGAUGCGCUUCAGACUUGGUUGACCCAUAAAGGAUCUAAGAAGGAUUCAGAUCAGGCAACCGCUCUUGUUUCGACUUCCACCCCCAUUCCAACAAAUGGAAAGUUUCCUUUCAGGAUAGUUCAUCUCUGUGCAAAUGGCGAUCACAAUCCAGAAGCGACGACUCAUGCCGAACCGAGAUGCUUUGAAAAAUAUCCUCACCUUUGCCCAAACAAUUCCGGAUCUUCCAAAUCAUUCAAGAAGAAUCCCAACGCGAGUGCAAGUUUUGCUCAAGCGUCAACAUUUGUGUCUUAUGUCUCUGACAACAAAAUCGAAAGCAUUGUCAUUGAUUCGGCUGCAUCUCACCACAUGCUUCGUAAUCGGAGUGCUUUCUCGGAUUUCACUAAUGAGAAGAUCACUAUCAAAACAGGAAAUCCAGACACUCCUCUUAUCGCAUCUGGCAACGGUGGGCCGCUACGCUACACUACGCUAUUUGACCACUAA